AUGAGAGCCCAAAGUCUCUGGUCGUCGUUGCGGCCACUCGCCUCGGCGCCCACGACAAGCACACUCAACACGCAAAUACGAUGCCUACACAAGACGCGACCGCCGCCCACGAUCCCCCGGCCCCGGCCAUUCGUCCCCGACGUCGAGACGUUCCUCAAGCUCAUCGGCCGGGGGCUGAGCCGGCACGCGAGCAAGUUCCCCACGUGGGAGGCGCUCUUCGCCAUGACCUCGCCGCAGCUCAAAGAGCUCGGCGUCGAGCCCCCCCGUGCGCGCCGGUACCUGCUGCAGUGGAUGCAGCGCUACCGCAAGGGCGUCGUCGGCCCCGGCGGCGACUUCCAGUUCGUGCGGGACGGCGAGGCGCACCUCCGCGUGGCGCUGCCACCGGCGGGCGCAGCCACGGACGCGCGCUGGGUGGUCAACGUGCCGCACGACGGCGACGGGGUGGUGGCGGCGGAGACGUACCCUCGGCCCAAGGGCUACUCGGUGCGCGGCCUCACGACGAUCGCGGGCAGCCACGCGACGGAGCUGCCGGGGAAGGGCGGCGCGGUGGUCAAGGUCACGGAGGGCAUGUGGGAGCAGAAGCAGGGCAGGAAGAUUGACGGCGGCGAGCGCAGGAGGGCAGAGACGCGCUUUAAGAAGCGCUCCGCGGAGCGCCGCGCCGAGAGGGAGGCCGAGCUGAUGAAGCACCUGUAA